UGUUACAUUAAAUUUUGGGAUAGUUCCCAAAUCAAACAGCCUUGCUUCAAAACUUCAAAGGUGUUUUACGGCAAUACUAGAUCUGUGAAUUUUCUGUUUCGAAAAUUAAAUCAUUAGAAUAAAAGAUGAUAACCAUUGAGCCCACGUUGGAUCAACCGCAUUAUGCCGCCUUCUUUUGCGUGAUGGGCGCUGUAUCGGCAAUUGUGUUCUCCACAUUGGGAGCUGCGUAUGGAACCGCUAAGGCCUCCGUAGGAAUAUCUGCCAUGGCCAUCAAGCAUCCGCAGCUGAUUAUGAAGGCGAUCGUUCCGGUUGUCAUGGCCGGCAUUAUAGCCAUUUAUGGAUUGGUGAUUGCGGUCCUGCUGGCUGGAUCGCUUAACAGACACUACAGCGCCUACAAGGGAUUCCUCAACCUUAGCGCUGGACUGGCCGUGGGUGUCUCUGGGAUGGCGGCUGGCAUUGCUAUUGGCGUUAUUGGGGAGGCUGGAGUUCGGGCAUCUGCCAACCAGCCCAGACUCUUUGUGGCCGUCAUUCUCAUAUUGAUAUUUGCCGAGGUCUUGGGUCUGUACGGUCUCAUAGUGGCCAUAUACUUGUUUACCAAGUGAUUGAAAUGUCAAUAAAAGUGUUGCA